AUGAAGCUUUCUAUCGGGCUUGGCGUCCUGGCGACGGUGACGUCGGUUUCUGCCGUUAAGGUCAACCCACUCCCCGCUCCCCGCAAUAUCACGUGGGGUACCUCCGGCCCUAUCCCUGUCAAGCAGCUUCAACUGCAAACCGAGUCACACAAUCCGCAUAUUCUUAAUACUGCGUUUGAACGGGCCUGGAAUUCCAUCACCAAAAUACAAUGGGUCCCUCAAGCGAUUGAAGCUCCGAUCCUGAAUUAUCCACCUGUCCCGACUGGCAUACCCAAGGCCAAGCGCGAUGUCAAGGCUAUUCAAACCGUUCAGCUUAGUGUGGUGGAUAGUGGCGCCGAUCUCCAGCAUGGAGUUGACGAAUCAUAUGAUCUGAGAGUGAACGAGAACGGCAUCCAAAUUCAUGCUCAAACGGUCUGGGGUGCGAUGCACGCCUUCACAACUCUGCAACAGCUAGUUAUUUCCGACGGUCAAGGUGGUCUCAUCAUCGAAGAACCUGUCAUUAUUCAUGACGCGCCUCUUUAUCCUCACCGUGGGAUUAUGAUCGACAGCGGCCGGAACUUCAUCUCGGUGCCUAAGAUACUGGAGCAGAUCGAUGGAUUAGCUCUAUCAAAGAUGAACGUUUUACACUGGCAUAUGGACGACGCCCAAUCAUGGCCUAUACAAAUUCGCGCUUAUCCUGAAAUGACUAAGGAUGCGUACUCACUCCGAGAGCAGUACUCUGAAUCUGAUUUACGUCAUGUUAUUGCCUACGGCCGGGCACGCGGUGUACGUAUCAUACCAGAGAUUGACAUGCCGGGCCAUGCAUCUUCCGGUUGGAAGCAGGUCGAUCCUGAUAUUAUUGCGUGUGCCAAUUCGUGGUGGGUGGACACUGCCCUGGAGCCGAACCCCGGUCAAUUGGAUAUCAUGAACAAUAAAACCUAUGAGGUGGUGAAGAACGUCUACUCCGAGCUCUCCGACAUCUUUACCGAUAACUUCUUCCACGUCGGUGGUGAUGAGCUCCAGACUACAUGCUAUAAUUUUAGCAGGCCUACCAUGGAGUGGCUAGCCGAGGGUCCGCACACCUAUAACGACUUAGUUCAGUACUGGGUAGAUCACGCUUUCCCUAUUUUCCGCAACACCACCUCAAAUCGCCGCAUUAUGAUGUGGGAGGAUACCGCGCUUGGCCCGAUGUCAGCCCAUCAUGUUCCUACGGAUGUUGUCCUACAGGCCUGGGACAAUGCUGAAGCCGUCGCUAAUCUAACCACCCGUGGCUACGAUGUUGUCGUUUCGUCCUCCAACUUUCUCUAUUUGGAUUGUGGCAGGGGUGGCGACGUCACUAACGAUCCUGAUUAUGACGUGCAGUCUAAUCCAGGCGGCGUGAAUUUCAAUUACGGUGGUAACGGCGGCUCCUGGUGCGCGCCUUAUAAGACCUGGCAGCGUAUCUACGACUUCGACUUUACCGACAACCUCACCGAGGCCCAGACAAAACAUGUCAUCGGCGCAGAGGCACCUCUUUGGUCUGAGACAGUCGAUGACGCGACUGUAUCUACUCUUGUAUGGCCUCGUGCUGCAGCCUUGGCAGAGCUGGUAUGGUCCGGUAAUCGCUCCCCUGACGGCCAGAAGCGGACCACCCUAAUGACCCAGCGUAUUCUGAACUUCCGGGAGUACCUCCUCGCUAACGGCGUCAUGGCUGCACCUCUGACUCCAAAGUAUUGUCUACAACAUCCUCACGCUUGUGACCUCUAUCGAAACCAGAGUAUCAUCCAAUAA